AUGCUCGCGCAGCCGCUCCUCCCCGCCGCCGCACCGCAGCGGUCCGCGUGGGUGGGCACGGUCCACCUCCUCUGGCGAUCCGCGAGGCCGCGCUCUACCUCCGAGGUCCUCUCGGCCGCUGCGGUCCUCGUGCUCCUCGUCCUCUCCAAGCUGCUCAACCUCACGCUGCCGCUGGUGCUUCGCCUCGUCGUCAACGCGCUCUCGGCGCCCGCGGGCGGCCAGCCCGUAGCCGCCACGGCGCCGCUGGUGCUGCUCUACUGCGGCCUAACCAUCUGCUCCGACGGCUGCUCGCAGCUGCAGUCGGCGCUCUGGGGCCGCCUCUCCUUUCGGAUCACGCAGCGCGUCUCGCUUCGCCUCUUUGAGCACCUGCACGCGCUGUCGCUCCGCUGGCAUCUCAACCGCAAGACGGGCGAGGUCCUCGCCGUGAUGAACCAGGGCGUCGGCGCGGUCGCGACGCUACUGCAGGUGGCAACCUUCUCCAUCUCUGCGACGCUGCUCGAGCUUGUCCUCACGUCUGCCGUCUUCGCAAAGAUCGGCGUGCCGGCCAUCUCGCUGUGCGUCGUCGGCGGCGCGGCACUCUACACGUGGUACACGGUCGCCCUGACAACGAUGCGCGUCGGCCAGCGCCGCGAGGUGAACGGGGCAAGCAAGAGGGCGCAGGACGUGGUCGUCGACUCGCUGCUCAACUUCGAGACGGUCAAGCUCUUCGCCGCGGAGGCGACGGAGGCGAGGCGGUACGGCGGCUUCACGACGGCGCUCAGCGAGCUGCAG